GUGUGUGCGUGUGGGCUGAUCGGUGGCGCGUCUGACUGUCGCUCAGUGAGAAUCUGCAGAGACUCCGCUCACACACUCACACGCGCAGAGAUCUAGCGUUCACAUACACACACGCAGCUCCAGUGUUCCCGCACACACACACAGGCAGAGGCGGGCGCGCGCUCGGUCAGGAGUGUGUGAGCUCUCGGUGCCGGAGUUCGGGCUGUCGGUCAGCGGCGGCUCUUCACUGAUGCGGAUCAGACUCAGAAACUAAAGACGCUUCAUAACCGCGCACAGGAGAAUGGGGGAGCAGCCGAUCUACACCACCAGGGCUCAUGUCUUCCAGAUCGACCCCACGACCAAGAAGAACUGGGUUCCCGCCAGUAAACAGGCCGUUACGGUCUCCUACUUCUACGACAGCGCACGCCACAGCUACCGCAUCAUCAGUGUGGACGGAACAAAGGUGAUCAUCAACAGCACCAUCACACCCAACAUGAACUUCACUAAAACCUCUCAGAAGUUCGGGCAGUGGGCCGACAGCAGAGCCAACACGGUGUUCGGCCUCGGGUUCGCCUCCGAACAGCAGCUGUCCAAGUUUGCUGAGAAGUUCCUGGAGGUCAAAGAAGCAGCAAAACUGGCCAGAGAGAAGUCUCAGGACAAGAUGGAGACGUCGAGCGAUCAGUCACAGGAGUCUGGUCGUGACACUCCAUCAGGGAAUCAGGCGUCCAGCAUCAACGGCACCGACGACGAGAAGAUCUCACACAGCGGCCCCGAGACGGCAGCGCUGAAAGAGGAGAACGACCUGCUGAAGAGUGCCGUGGAGGAGAGUAAGAAGUGUGAGUCAGAACUGCAGGCGCUGAGGGAGAGUAGCACCCGUCUGCAGGAGGCGCUGCAGGAGGCCGAGAGCUCCGCCGAGAGCUGGAAGACUCAGGCCACACGGAGCCUGGAGGAGAACAACCAGCUGCGCAGCAAGAUCUCAGAGCUGGAGGUUCAGUGUAAGGAACUGAAUGUGGAGCGAGAGAGGAACGCUCAGCUCAAGGUCCGAAUUCAAGAGCUGGAAGCAGAUCUGCAGGACAAACAACAGGAGCUGGAGAAUCUGCGCAAACAGGCGGAGAUAAUCCCACAGCUGAUGGCGGAGUGUGAAAGCAUCAACGGCAAACUACAGGCGGCGGAGCUCUCCAGCAGUGGUCUGCGUGAGCGUGUGGAGCUCCUGCAGGGUGAAGCGCAGCACCGGCAGCAGCAGCAGAACAGCCUGAAGACGGAGCUCAAACUCCUGAUGGAGCAGCUGGACGGCAAGAUCGACGAGCUGCACGAGGUCCGACAGGGCAUCUCCAAACUCGGCAUCGACAACUGAACACACACACACACACACACUCUCUGUCAGUCUCACUGGGAUCCUGUGUGUGUGUGUGUGUGUGUCUGUGUGAGAUCUUGCAUGACUGCUGGUUAAGGGCUACUGCUGGCUGGUGUAGAGUUUCUCUCUCUCUCUCUCUCACACACACACACACACACACACACACGCAAAUACCCUCACACACAGUAUUACACACAUACAUGCACACACACACACACACACACACACACACACACACACACACACACACACACACACACACACACACACACAGAGACUGGUGGGUGUUUCCCAGAUCUCAGGGUUGUUUGUAUGGCUGUAAUGCACAAACUCAGCUGAACUGCAGACUCCUCAAGUGCCUGAAGGUGGCGCUCUCUCUCUCUCUCUCUCUCUCUCUCUCUCUCCCUCCAGCGGUGAGACUCCUGCAAUAGUGGCAGCAGGGGGCGCCACCUUCUCUCUCCUCCUCCUGCUGUUGUGUGUGUGCGUGUGUGUGUGCGUGCGUGCGUGCGUGCGUGUGUGUGUGUUUUGCGUCGACAAUACUCUUCUGAUCAGUGGAAUCAUGAGCCAAAUACCUGCUGGAUAACAGCAGCCGUGCGGUGUGUGUUGUGUUUGUGACAUGCUGCUGGUGUGUGUGUGUGUGUGUGUGUGUGGGUGAUGGGAUAAUUUAUACGUCUGCUUUUUUUUUUUAGAAUAAUCUCUGCCUCUCUUGUGUGUGUGUUUGUGUGUGUGUGUGUGUGUGUGUGUGUGUGUGUGUGUGUGUCCUGCGCUCAAGCCUCCUCACACUCCAGACCUGCUGUUCUGAAUUCCUUCAUGCUUUGACCCUCAUGAUCGGUGUAUUAUUGAGCGUUUCAUGUGUCCUGGUGUCUUUAACACACUCUCUCUUUCACACACACACACAGACACACACACACACACACACACACACACACACACUCCCCUUACUGGACCCUCGAGCCUUUCUCUUCUUUCUGAAAGAAAAUAAAACAGUUUUGUUGAUUUUGUUGAUCAAAAUUGUACAAUAAAUGGUUGUGGGAUA